AUGACAGCAUUUUGUGCAACCCAAGAAAUUCAAUUUAAAGGUAUAAGCUGUGUUGCUCUUCGUGGGGAAGUUAGCGCAAUGGCCACAACCAGCAUCAUGCCAGCGAACAAUGAAAAACCACGUUUUGCGCAAAUCUAUAUCCAUGAAAAUGAAACUGCUUUGGCCUGCCGAACAUCUGAGUGCUGCAAACCAAGUGUUUUAAAAAUCAUUCAAGAUGUUAUGCAGCUAAACCCAUACGCUCAAGUGUAUAAAUCACUGUUUGAAGCUUAUAAGAGGCAUCCUACGGAGAGUGUUCGCCUUGAAUUUCACAAGUUGACCACUACUGAUGGCAGACGUUAUAAUCUUCCAACAUCUGGUGCUGCUGCUGAAGUGUCGGCUGUUGUUGUGACAGGUGCUGAAGGUUUAAUACCCGAUCAUGUACAAUUUAUCGCAUACCCAAAACACCAGUUUGUGUGUCAAAAGAUGUAUAAACUGUCUCAUCAUGUGGAACCAAUGGUUUUCCCAUUGCUUUUUCCAUCAGGUGAUCCUGGUUAUUCCCUAAACGUACCAAAUAAUGCAGGAUCAAGUCGUGUUACUGCUAUACAGUAUUUUGGAUGGCGGUUGCGAGUGCUUAGAGACUUUAACAUUUUCACCUCUGCUGGUCGUUUAUCCCAGCAAUAUAUUCUACAUGGUUACAUUACUAUGGAGUGGAACAGGCUGAAUUAUAUCAAAAGUCAUCAGAAUUUAUUUCGGAGAGAAACACUUCAAGGCCUGAUUGAUCAUGUGCA